GCCGGUGGCUGCGGGCGGCGGGCGGCCAUGGCGAAGGCAGAGGCCGGCGGCGACGACACCCGCUGCGUACGGCUGAGCGCCGAGCGGGCCCAGGUGCUGCUGGCAGACGUGGACACGCUACUGUUCGACUGCGACGGCGUUCUGUGGCGCGGCGAGGCGGCCGUGCCCGGCGCGCCUGAGGCCCUGACGGCGCUGCGGGCCCGCGGAAAGCGCCUGGGCUUCAUCACCAACAACAGCAGCAAGACCCGCUCAGCCUACGCGGAGAAGCUGCAGCGCUUGGGCUUCGGCGGUCCGGCAGGGCCGGGCGCUGGCCUCGAGGUCUUCGGCACGGCCUACUGCACCGCGCUGUACCUGCGCCAGCGCUUGGCUGGCUUGCCCGCGCCCAAGGCCUACGUGCUGGGCAGCCCGGCUCUGGCGGCCGAGCUGGAGGCCGUGGGCGUCGCCAGCGUGGGCGUGGGGCCCGCGCAGCUCCAGGGCGACGGCCCCUGCGACUGGCUUGCCGCGCCGCUAGAGCCCGACGUGCGCGCCGUGGUGGUGGGCUUCGACCCGCACUUCAGCUACAUGAAGCUCACCCAGGCCGUGCGCUACCUGCAGCAGCCCGGCUGUCUGCUUGUGGGCACUAACAUGGACAACCGGCUCCCGCUUGAGAACGGCCGCUACAUUGCGGGUACCGGCUGCCUUGUCCGCGCCGUGGAGAUGGCCUCCCAGCGUCAGGCGGACAUCAUAGGUAAGCCCAGCCGCUUCAUCUUCGACUGCGUGUCCCAGGAGUACGGCAUCAACCCGGAGCGCACCGUCAUGGUGGGAGACCGGCUGGACACAGACAUCCUUCUGGGCGUCACCUGUGGCCUGAAGACCAUCCUGACCCUCACCGGGGUCUCCACGCUGGAGGAUGUCAAGAAUAACCAGGAGAGUGACUGCAUGUCUAAGAAGAAAAUGGUCCCUGACUACUAUGUUGACAGCGUAGCCGACCUGUUGCCCGCCCUUCAAGGUUAAAGAUUUCGUGUCUUUAAUCUCCAGAAUAAAGAAAAAGAAAAAUCAGUUACCCAGGUUACUAGAUGGGGUUUAGGCCUCCACCCUGCUCGAGGGCUUCCAGGAACGUGCUGCAACUUAAGCAAUAGUGUUAGUUGUUAACCUUGUAAGUGGACCUGGGGGUGACUUUGUUUACAGAUGGUUCUAUUUUAAGAUGCACUUUUUAAAAUUGAAGGGCACUGUGGGGGUCCUGGGCCUCAGGUUCAGCAUCUGCCCAGGAUCCCGGGAACUUUGGGGCCUGCUGGUGGGACUGAGGUGUGAUGUAUUUUGUUGAAACACUCAUUCAGGGAUCAAGCCCCUUGCAGAGCAUCCUGGAGGAGGGACUGAUGAUUGUUACUGCUAUAAUUUCUACAAACCAAACCUGGGCCUCCUUCCGGUGGUCUUCCUGGCAGAGGCGGUGGCUGCUCCUCACCUGCAGGGUGGGAGUGGAGAAGGGCUAUUCCUGUGGUGUCUCCCUGUCCUUGGGGUGCAGGGUGCUGCCCUUGCCACCCUCCCCACCUCCUUGAAAACCACUCUGAUGUCACAAUUGUCUGUUCCAUUUCAGAUACCCAGGGCUGCCGCUGCUCAUACACAGUUGCAUGGUUCUGUAAAUUCAGCCCCGCUGACCCUCAGCCAUCUCAAAUGUGCAUUUAAAUCCAGGUGACUUGUUCUGGGCUCAGCAGCUAAGAGGGCGUUGUGGCUGCUGGUGAACUCCAGGCUGCUGUUCAGGGAACCCAGGGUAGUACUGGUACCAAAAGUCACGUUUUUAAGAAACUCUUGAACACUGUUGUUACAUGAUUGAAUGGAAUUUGAGAUGUGUUGAUUAUAGCUGUGCUCUCUUAGGGGACAGUCCCACUGGAUGAGUCUCAGUGCCUGCAGCAAGCAGCACAGCUGUAGGCAUGUGGUAGCCAAGGAAUGCAUGCCACCCAGGGCACCCUCUGGGUGGGGGAAGGGCUAUCUCUAAGAACAGGAAGUCCUUUCGGAAAGCAUCUCAUCUUCUCUUGUCCUUAAGUGUUCUCUGCUGGGUGGGGGAUUAGGUACCUGUGGCCCACGAGGCCACGUCAUUUAACCCUGGAUUCCCUUGUCUGUGGCCAGUGGGAGGAAAGGCCAGGUCCCUAGCUAGCCUGCGCUUCCUGUAGCAGGGGGCCCUGGCCUGUCCUGUUUCCUGGUUCUGCUAACCUGUGGGGACGGCCGAGAAGCAACCACUCUGGCAGCCUUGUAGGGCAGAGCCUGGGAAGCUGUUCCUUUUGGCUGACUUCUUCCUGAUGCAUUGCACUGCACCCAGCAUGUCCAUCCCCAGUCCCCAGGGCCACAGCCCUCUUCACUCGCUCACUCAGAGUUCUCAGAGCAAUAAAAGAUGUCCCGAGUCCCCAGCUCCCCCCACAUCUGGGUUGUGGACUCCAUUGUGGGCUGCUCAGCCAACUGCUCUGCUCCAAAAGGAACCCAGAGGUUCCAAGUGGGUCUGGACAUUGAGCAGUCCUGUCGAGAGUGCCAGUCAUCCACACCAGGAGCAUGCAGCAGGUUCGGCAGCCAGCAGCUGGGAGCCCUGCACACAUCCUCGCCUUUAGGUCCACUGCACUGUGUGAACCUGAAUACGUAUUAAACCCUCGCACCUGCUCCCCGGCUGUUGGUGGUCUUUUCUCAAGUAUCGCUUCUGGCCUGGGCAGCAGGUCCUACACCAAGGUGCAGCUGCCCCAGCUUGGGAGGUGGGGAGGCCUAGAAGUAGAAAGCUGUUGGGGAGUUCCAGUUCCAAAGUUGGAACACUGAGUCCUCAGGCUCUACCUGUUCAGGGGCGUUCCAGACAGGCAGUUUGGAAGAAUAA